AGGCUCCUUUACUUGCAUCAAUUCUUAAUCAAAUUAAUUCCAAAGCUUCAUCAAUCAUCACAGUCCUCCAAUGGCGACGACUUGGAUUCGGAGGUCACUGCCGUAUGCAGGGAUGGUGUCGGCAGUCGUAACUAUAGCCAUAAACCAGAUAACAAGCAAAAUGGCCAUGUCCAAUGGCACCAGCUUCUACAUUUUGUCCGUCUAUUCUAAUGCUUUCGCCGCUCUCCUUCUUUUCCCUACCGCCUAUCUCUUCCACCGGUCAAAGCGCCCCCCUUUAUCGUUUUCGGUGCUCUGGAGGAUUUUCUUUCUUGCUUCUUUUGGAUGUUUCUCAGACAUGACUUCGUAUUCUGGUGUAAAUUAUAGCUCGCCAACACUUAGUACAGCCAUGUUGAAUCUUGUUCCAGCAUUCGCGUACAUCCUUGCUAUUAUUUUCAGGUUGGAAAAAGUAGAUUUCAGAAGAUUAAGUACCAUGGCUAAAUCUUUGGGCACUGUAGUCUCCAUAUCAGGAGCAUUUGUGGUAACCUUCUAUAACGGACCAGCUAUCCUCAACACGCCACUAACUUCCGGCUCUUUAACUCAUCUCUCCUUGUCAUCGACACAAAAUUGGGUCCUUGGAGGAUUUUUGCUCGCUUCUGGUGCCUUUGCAGUUGCAUCUUGGUGCAUAUUACAGGCCUUCAUACUGAAGAUGUAUCCAGCUGAAAUGAUUGUAGUUGCUUUUUACUGUCUCUUUGUAACCAUCCAAUCUUCAGUGGUCACUCUGAUUGCCGUAAGAGAUGCAUCUAUAUGGAGAAUCGACACGAGGAUUGGCCUAUAUGCUAUUCUCUUUUCAGCAAUCAUUAACAUAGCAUGCAGGCUCUAUGUAACUUCUUGGUGCAUCUGGAAGAAAGGCCCGCUCUUCGUUGCGCUGUUCAAGCCGCUGGCAAUAGUCGUCGCUGUUAUCAUUGGUGUCAUCUUUAUGAAAGAGACUCUCUACCUUGGAAGUUUGGUUGGGGCAUUUGUGUUGGUUGUUGGCUUCUAUGCGGUGAUAUGGGGAAAAUCCAAAGAAGAGAAGAUAAAUAAUGACACACAAUCAUCAAACUAUCAGGCUCUCCUGUUGCACGAGAAUACAGAACAAGUGUAGCUUUUCUACGAACAUUUUUUCAGCACUGGAAAUGGUUACUAGUAUAUUAUUUCAAACCUCAAACUCUUAUUUUCUGUUCUUUUAGACCCUCAAAAGGGAGGGGAACAGUUAGUGGAUUGAAGAUUAUUUUGUAACUUGUAAAUCAAAGGCCUGAAUGCAAUGUUUGAUAGGUGAUA